AUGGCUUUGUACCACAGCCUCAGCUUGGGCGUACAUGCUUUUGGCAUCCUCUGCUUGGUUCUCGCCAUCGCCCUCAACAGUUGGUCCACGGGCACUGCAACGGAAAACGAUGUGUCUGGCGACGUGCGUUUUGGGCUCUGGCGUGCCUGCGCCGAUGUAUCGGGUGAAUACGUCUUUAGCCUCAACCCAAGCGGCAGUGAUUGUCGUAUUGGCCACUGUAUCGAGAACCCUUAUCUCUCUGAGGACGGUGACAAGGAUAGCCACAAGCUCUGCACCAACAGCAAGGCCAUUGCAGGUCUUCUCCUCAUCUCGCUCUGCUUCUUCCUCAUGAGCGUCAAAACCAGCAACAUCAAUCAUGCUCGCGGUCAAACCCCACACUACGGCUGGUCCUCCGCCUUGAUGUUUUUGUCUGCCAUUUUGAUCCUGGGUGCAUGGGCCACUUGGGUGUCUUGGCAGAGUAAAGUCAAUGAUGAUGACGGCAGCAACCCAAAUGCCGUUGUCUUCUUUGGCAAACUGAACCUGGGCGCCGGCUUUGCCUUUGCACUCCUCGCUUGGAUCUGCGCUCUCGUCCUGCUCCUGAUUCAGUGCAUGCUCUUGCGCGAGUACGAUGCCGCACAAGUGGAGAAUACCAUGAAUCGGGGCCGUCAGAGCAUUGGCCAACGCCUGACUGCCGGUAGCAUCAAUUCCACAUCCGUGGACGACACCCCGCUGCCCGAAGAAGACUCUGCCACAGCCACGCAGGCCUAAGCCUUCGUCCUCAUCUCAUACCCCUUAUUGGAUCCCAUCGAGUUGUGGUUGACCUUUUCCGUUUUCGCUCGG